AUGGUGCCAAUGGCAAGCUUUGAAUUAGAGUUCAACACAGUGCUUGUGCAAAGAAUCAAGCCAGCCCAGAAGACGGCUUCUGGUAUUUAUAUUCCUGAAAAGAAUCAGGAAAAGCUCAACAUUGCCAACGUCAUUGCAGUCGGCCCUGGUAUCCAAAACGCUCAAGGUGAUCUUGUCAAAUUGAGUGUCAAUGCAGGUGACAAGGUGAUUAUCCCAGCUUUUGGUGGCUCUAACGUCAAGGUUGGCGAGGAGGAGUACCUCAUCCUGAGAGAUAGUGAUCUGCUUGCUAAGGUUGAAGAGUAA